AUGAAUGGGCAACUUACGCAAUACUAUGACUAUGUUAAACAUAAUCUGUUUAAUUUCAAUGGUAAUGGAGCAUUAGUUAGAACUAUCGAAGGUAUCCCUCAUAAUGGGGUUAUGAAUUUUUUCUCUUUUUUACUAGUAGCAGCAUACAUGGGAUACUUGGUAUUGGGGAGUUCAAAGAAUAAAAAAAAUAAAAAGGGGGAUAAUAACGUAAAUCCAAUUCCCAAUGUUAAAAAUAUUUACAAUAAACGUAAGUAUACGGAUGAUCAAUCAUCAGCACCAAAAACAGAUAAAUGGAAACAUGAUGCUUGGAGAAAAUGGAUUUUAAAUUUAGACGAUAGAUGGAACACAUUUAGCAGAAAUGUUGAUAAACAUAAAGGUGAAUGGAUGGACCAAAAAGAUGGCCAAUUGAUAGAAUGGGUAAAAGAAUUACAAGCAAAAUGGAUGCAUUUCAAUCCGAAUAUAGAUCAAGAAUAUAAAAUUGAAUUUCUAAAAAAGUCUGAAAACUGGACUGAUGAUAAAUGGAAAAUAUGGAUGUUAACAGAAGCACAACAACUUUUAGAAAAUGAUCUAAAAGAGUGGCUUUCUCAGGCUGAAGCAGAUUAUUGUAAAUGGACUAUGGAUGCAUGGAAUCAAUGGAAAGAUAGUCAAAUAAAAGAAUGGAUAACUCUUGAUUGGAAAUAUGAAGAAGACACUUUCUUUUCGAAAAUUGAUGAAUUUACAGUAGAAUCAUUACCACCAGAAGACCAAAGAUUAUGGUAUUCUUGGAAAGAAAGAAUAUACAAAGAAGGAAGUGAUUGGAAAUAUUGGGCAUCACUAAAGGAAUCUAAAUAUGUAAAUGAAAAUUGGGAAUUAUGGGAAGAAUGGAAAAAUGAAAAACAAGAAAUGUUCAGUGAAUGGCUUCAAUUAUAUACUAAUAAAUGGAUCCAACAAAAACAAUGGAGAUUAUGGAUUGGAGAAAAAAUGUCACAAAAUGAUCAAAAACUUACAUCUGAAUCGAUUUCCGUAGGUGCUAGCGCUGGCGAAAAAAAUGAUGAGGUGAAAAAUGAUGAGGUGAAAAAUGAUGAGGUGAAAAAUGAUGAGGUGAAAAAUGAUGAGGUGAAAAAUGAUGAGGUGAAAAAUGAUGAGGUGAAAAAUGAUGAGGUGAAAAAUGAUGAGGUGAAAAAUGAUGAGGUGAAAAAUGAUGAGGUGAAAAAUGAUGAGGUGAAAAAUGAUGAGGUGAAAAAUGAUGAGGUGAAAAAUGAUGAAGUGAAAAAUGAUGAAGUGAAAAAUGAUGAGGUGAAAAAUGAUGAGGUGAAAAAUGAUGAGGUGAAAAAUGAUGAAGUGAAAAAUGAUGAAGCGAAAAAUGAUGAAGUGAAAAAUGAUGAAGUGAAAAAUGAUGAGGUGAAAAAUGAUGAAGUGAAAAAUGAUGAAGUGAAAAAUGAUGAGGUGAAAAAUGAUGAAGUGAAAAAUGAUGAAGUGAAAAAUGAUGAGGUGAAAAAUGAUGAGGUGAAAAAUGAUGAGGUGAAAAAUGAUGAGGUGAAAAAUGAUGAAGUGAAAAAUGAUGAGGUGAAAAAUGAUGAGGUGAAAAAUGAUGAAGUGAAAACCGAUGAAAAAAAAAGUGAGAUGAAAAAAGAUGACGGUACUAAUGGUAUUAAAAUCAAAUAUAACGGCAUAAACGAAUCAACGAAAACCGAUGAAAAAAAAAGUGAGAUGAAAAAAGAUGACGGUACUAAUGGUAUUAAAAUCAAAUAUAACGGCAUAAACGAAUCAACGAAAACCGAUGAAAAAAAAAGUGAGAUGAAAAAAGAUGACGGUACUAAUGGUAUUAAAAUCAAAUAUAACGGCAUAAACGAAUCAACGAAAACCGAUGAAAAAAAAAGUGAGAUGAAAAAAGAUGACGGUACUAAUGGUAUUAAAAUCAAAUAUAACGGCAUAAACGAAUCAACGAAAACCGAUGAAAAAAAAAGUGAGAUGAAAAAAGAUGACGGUACUAAUGGUAUUAAAAUCAAAUAUAACGGCAUAAACGAAUCAACGAAAACCGAUGAAAAAAAAAGUGAGAUGAAAAAAGAUGACGGUACUAAUGGUAUUAAAAUCAAAUAUAACGGCAUAAACGAAUCAACGAAAACCGAUGAAAAAAAAAGUGAGAUGAAAAAAGAUGACGGUACUAAUGGUAUUAAAAUCAAAUAUAACGGCAUAAACGAAUCAACGAAAACCGAUGAAAAAAAAAGUGAGAUGAAAAAAGAUGGCGGUACUAAUGGUAUUAAAAUCAAAUAUAACGGCAUAAACGAAUCAACGAAAACCGAUGAAAAGAAAGAAGAUACCGAUACAAGUUCAUUAAAUGGUGAUGAAAAUAAACAAAAAAAUAUAACGAACCCAUAUCUUCGAAACUCGAUAUUUAUAUAA